UCGGUGCUCAAUCAUGUUGGUUCAGCUCAUACGUUCAUUGUGUUGGGGUUUUGGAAUUCUGGGUUUCGGGUGUCUCUUUCUUCUUCGCUUCGGUGUGUUCUGCGACUUCACUGUCAUCGGACCAUUCCGACGGACGUUAUCUUGUUAGCUUUGAUGGUUGCUAGAGGAAGGCGUGAGGGUAGGUGGAUUGCGGACAAGGAGGCACAGGGAGCGAGGAUCGGGAAAAAAGGGUGUUGUGUUGAUUUUUACCAGCGCGAUUUUGGUCCAUUUCUGCGGUAUGGUCCUGAGGGCAAUCCAUGCGAAUUGAAGUUGGUUCGUAUUGGUUCUCCACCUCAGAAGGAGCCUCAUGGCACCCGAAUCCAAGCUAGGCUCUGCAUCUGUUCAGGGAAGGAGUCAGCUGGGAGUUUUUGGUAAGGGCUUCCAGGUUGAUAAAAUUCGCUGGGAAUGGCCAAACCCUAAAGGUGAAGGGCUACAGAAGCUCAUGUCCCACGAGCCCAUCGCCGGGAUGCUCAAUGCUGUCGGGAAUGCAGUUCAAUGUGGUCAUAGAGCAUGGGAAGGAUUGGUUCAGCAAGGGAUUCGCUCAACUAACCUUUGCAAAAUUGAGUUGCCAAAUUUUUUGAGAGGGAAGGAGCGCCAAGCAUCACAAGUUCGAGAGCUGGUUGAAGAGCAGGAGGAGCCUGCGAGAGCCGCUGUUUCACCCGCCAAGUAUAACAUUAAUUUUGCCAGCAUCGUUUUAAUGGCUCAAGGCGCAACGAAUGCAAAUGCCGCUUACACAGGUGUAAAUGGAAGUCAACAGGAGGAGCAGACGGAGUCUUUUAGAUUCCCGGAGUUUAGGGUUCCAGAGAUAAGUUCUGGAGGAGCUGUAACAAAAGAAGACCUAGGUCGAGCAACAUGGACAUUUCUCCACACACUGGCAGCUCAGUACCCUGACAAGCCCACAAGACAACAACGACGCGAUGUCAAAGAAUUGAUGUCUAUUAUGACCAGGUUGUACCCUUGCAAGACGUGUGCUGAUCAUUUCAAGGAAAUACUUAAAGCCUAUCCAGUCAAAGCUGAUUCCGGAGCUGAGUUAGCGCAAUGGAUGUGCCAAGUACACAACGUCGUGAACAGAAGUUUGGGAAAACCACAUUUUCCUUGCGAGCGGGUGGAUGCGAGAUGGGGAGCACUUCAUUGUGAUGAAGCUGGUGCAUGCGAUCUUGAAGGACGUGUUCUCUAUAGAUAGCUAUUUUAGUGGAAACACAAAUGGCUUAGACAAUUUCGAAUGAAAUUCAAAAUUAAACGCCAAUCGAUAAGCUUAAAGGUAUUGGACUCGUUGGAAA